CACCCGCUUCCGCUUCCGCCGCUCGGUCUCUUGGUGCCGCCGCCGCCGCGAUGGUGAACGUGCCGAAAACCCGCCGGACGUACUGCAAGAAGUGCGGCAAGCACCAGCCGCACAAAGUGACUCAGUACAAGAAGGGGAAGGACUCGCUGUACGCGCAGGGGAAGAGACGCUACGAUAGGAAGCAGAGUGGUUAUGGGGGCCAGACAAAGCCCAUCUUCCGAAAGAAGGCUAAGACCACAAAGAAGAUUGUGCUGAGGCUGGAGUGUGUGGAGCCCAACUGCAGGUCCAAGAGGAUGCUGGCAAUUAAGAGGUGCAAACACUUUGAGCUGGGAGGAGACAAGAAGAGAAAGGGCCAGGUGAUCCAGUUCUAGGCCCCAUCCUACUUGUGCUGGAUUAAAGUAUUUGGAAGUGA